GUCUCAGCGUGGCGUCAGAGUCGGCACUCGGAAUUUGUUUGGCUCGUCACUUCCGCCCGUUAAUUGACAGACUCGACAUGGACAUGGACAUGGACAUGGACAGCACAGCGAAUACUGGCUCUGGACGGUCCAUCGACAUCGAACUCGGCGGGCAAGAAGUAAUUACAAUCGAUCUAUGUGACCUCGACCCAAACCCGGAAGACGUCCUCGACCUUCUGAAGGAGGGACAGUGCAAGGUUUCCGUUUGGACGCGCCUAGCCAGCGAGUACUGGCGCAGGGAUUAUCUCGAGGCUGCAGAGACUAUUGCCCAUGCCGCAGUAGAGUCUCUUACUGCCAAUGGAGCGGUUGCUUCAUCACCCCCCGUUUAUGCACUUCUCGCGAACAUACAACUCGCGCACGCACGAAGGGCUCCAAAAAUUGUCCUUGCAGAUGCCAGGGAAGAUAGACUCGACGGGGCACGUACCAAAGAGGAUUACUACCGCGAAGCAGCACAGUAUCUCAAUGCCGGCGAACGUGCUGCAGCGGAGGGUGGGGAGGGAGUAGGCGGAACCCUUGCAUUCUUAACAAGAGGGAUUCAUCAACUGGCUACCCGUUCCAUGGACGAUGCGUUGCGCUCAUUCGAAGGAGUCCUCGCAGAAAAGCCAACCAACAUUGUCGCGUUACUGGGCAAGGCCCGUAUUUUGUACGCUAGAAGAAAUUACCCGCAAGCCCUGAAGCUUCUUCAACAAGUACUUCAGCUCAACCCUUCUUGUUUACCUGAUCCUCGAAUAGGCAUCGGUCUCUGUCUUUGGGCAAUGGAUCAUAAGGCAAAGGCAAAGGCAGCUUGGCAGCGUAGUUUGGAGGUGAAUCCGUCGGAGUGGUCUGCACAACUCUUACUAGGGCUGGAGUCUAUAAAUGCCAGCAAAACUGGUAAUCUCAGUGAGGAAGAACGCGCACAGUCGUUUCUCAUUGGUACCAAAUAUAUCGAGGCAGCCUUCAAGGCGAACCAGAAAAGUGCCGCGGCCGCGAAUGCUUUGUGUGAGCUGUUCUUGCGGAAGAGCAAUCUCAAGCGGGCGUUGAAGCUGGCAGAGCGAACCGUUCAGUUUGCAGACACUCUGACGUUAUUUACGGAGGGUAAUCUGCGCGCCGCUCGGGUAUUGCAUGCAGAAGGUUCGCUGGCAGAGGCAACAAAAUACUACACAACUGCUACCGAAGGUCAACCCAAGCAUAUUCUUGGGGCGAUCGGCAUGGCUCAGAUACAGAUGCACAAUGACGAGAUACCCGCUGCGAUACACACUCUCGAUACGCUGAUACAGCCCCCUGGCCCCCAGAGAUCUGUCGAAGCAACAGUGAUGCUGGCGUCCCUGCGUGCACACCCCAGGCCAGGGGUGUCGAGUAGCGAUGCUGCACAAGAAAGGCUUCGUGCUCGUGAGCUUUUCGAUCGCGCAACUAAAAUGCUCGAGCACGAAGAUCCACGUCCUAAUGGGAAUGCCAACGCACCCACUCGUGCAGCGGCUGCGACCAUAGAUGACCUGGAGAUGCACAUCGAAGUAGCACGGUUGUGGCAGGAAGAACAACCAGAGCGAACUGCUCGUGCACUCCGUGAAGCUUUGCGGAUCAGUGAAGCAAAUGGGCAAAUUGAUCCCCGGCUCCUAAAUAACCUCGGCGCUCUACAACACAUGGAAUCUCAUCUCGAUGCGGCGCAAUCAAUGUAUGAAGUAGCACUAACGAAGGCCGCUAAUAUUGGUGGCGACUCCGGAGAGGCAAUGUCAACAUCAUUACUGUAUAACCUGGCCAGGGUGUACGAAGAUAAGGAGGGUCUGGUUAUGGCAAAGGAGGCUUAUGACAAGCUACUUGCCCGUCAUCCUGAAUAUGUAGAUGCUAGAGUUCGACAGGCUUUUAUGCUAGCCAAUUUGAAUCAAGUCAAUGAAGCACAUGAAAUAUUGAAGCAUGCCCUUACGACGCAUACUAGUAAUCUCAACCUCCGCGCCUACUAUACCUCCUUCCUCAUUCAGAACAAUCAGCUGAAGGUUGCCAAGGAUUUCGUCUAUGCCACACUCAAGGAUUACGAGCGAUCCGACGCUUACUCACUCUGUGCCGCCGCUCUGAUCAUGUACCACCAGAGCCGCGAAAGUAGAGAUCCAAACCCCAAGGCAGUAGAAGAGCGCAAGCGUGGCUUUCAGCGUGCUGUGGAAACAUACCAGAAGGCCUUGCAGCUUGACCCACUUUGUGCCGUGGCUGCACAAGGCCUCGCAAUUGCCACUGCAGAGGAUGCCUUGGGUGCUCUCAGUGGUGCCUCCGUGGCAUCCAUAGCCGAGGAAAUUCAACUACGGAUGAAAAACGCCCGUGAUGCGUUAGAUGUGUUUGCCAAGGUUCGGGAAUCUCUGAAUGAUGGGUGUGUCUACGUCAAUAUCGGGCAUUGCUAUUACGCGCGAGAUGAGUUCGACCGUGCAAUUGAGAGCUAUGAGACCGCUUCCUCAAGGUACUACGACGGUCACAAUACUUCAGUGUUGUUAUACCUUUGCCGGUCGUGGUAUUCCAAAGGUAGCAAGGAGCAGUCGUUUCCCGCUAUGAACACCGCGCUAAAGUAUGCACAGAUGGCGCUUCACCUUCAACCCAGCGACAAAGCGACAAUUUACAACAUUGCGAUGAUCCAACAGAAGGCCACAGAACUUUUGUUUGAGCUACCCCCUUCCAAGCGCACGCUACAAGACCUCGAACUAGCGAUUGCACAAGCAAUCCAUGCACAGCGGGUGUUUGGCUCCCUCGCCGCUGACCCCUCAUCCUCUGUACCAUACAACAAAGAAGUAGCGAAUCAGAGACGCAAGUAUGGUGAGAUUAUGUUGAGACGUGGCGACGAACACCUUGCUUCCCAGCGGGCGUUCGAGGCUGAGGCUCAAGCACGACUGGACGCUGCGAGACAACGGCGACAAGAUGAGAAAAUGCGUCUAGAGGCGGCUGAGCGCGCCAAACUGGAAGAAUUGCGACAGCAAGCAGAGAAACUUGCUGAAGAGCGACGCAUUGCUCGUGAACAGGUACUGGAAUGGACUCGAGAAAUACAAGUGGAGAGCGAGGAGGAGCGCGAGCGCAAAGCAAAGCGGGCGUCGAAAAAGCUAAAGACGGAGACAGAGAGUGGCGACGAAGCUAUCAACGGGGGGGAACUCAAGAAGAAGCGGAAGGGGAAACUAAAGAAAGUCAACGACCAAGGAGAUGAGAAUGAACAGCUGUUCAGCGACGAGGACAUUGACAAUAAACCCGCCAAAAAGGUACUGUGUUAUCACUGACGGCCAAGACGGGGGCGCUAACUUAUCUAUAGCGGGGUGCCAAAAAGAGGGUC